UGCACUAGGGAACAUCACUUUUUCGCACGAGGAAACAAUCUAAAUCAGGCUGCGAUCAGUUAUCGCCUUCAUGAUAAUUGCAGCCAUGUGGCACCAAUAUCACGUCGCGUUUCUAGCAGUGAUUCUGCUUUUUGCUCGCCCCGGAAAGCCCGAAGACACAGUGGCAGAGAGAACAGCGCCUGAAACAAGCUCUGUCGUAGAACCUGCUAACGGUGUGUCUGACGCUAGUCUUCAGUUACAGAAUAAUGAGAAUACGCUAUUCAACAUGACCAUCCUGCACACCAACGACAUUCAUUCCCGGAUCCUCGAAAGCACUAAGCGUGGCGUGCAGUGCAACGACGAUGAUCGCAACAAAAGCAAAUGUUUUGGGGGCGUCGCAAGGAUUAAAAAUGUGGUAAGAAUGCUCAAGAACACCACUCAGAACCCUUUAUUUCUCAACGCUGGAGAUUUCUUCCAAGGAACACUAUGGUAUUCUAUACUAAAGUACAACAUCGUAUCUGCUGUAAUGGCAAAUAUGUCUUAUGACACUGUGUGCCUUGGAAAUCACGAAUUCGAUGACGGACCAGCAGGGUUGGUGCCCUUCUUGGAAAAAAUGGCGGAGGCAAAUGUAACCGUGCUCGGAACUAAUUUAAAUACGUCAAACGAACCUUUGUUUACGGAGAAAAACAUCACACUCCCAAGAAGUAUCAUAUAUAACAUUUCUGGGACGCAAGUAGCAUUCCUUGGUGUUGUCACUACGGAGACAAUGACUAUUGCUAAACCAGGAGAGCCUCCUGAGAAAGACAAAAAGGAAGGGCCUUACCCGUUUAUAUACAACCGCACUAGUGAUGGCGGGCGAUGUCUUAUUGUGCAAGAUUAUCGCUUCGGAAAAUAUCUUGGCUUUCUCGAGCUGGAGAUUGACAAAAGUUCUGGAAACAUUACACGGUGGUCUGGUAACCCGAUUUUGCUUAACCAGAGUUAUGAGGAAGAUAAUGACACCCUAGAAAGCCUCAAGCCAUACAAAGAAAUUGUGGACAAUGCUGUGAAAGAAGUCGUCGGCUCUACGAAGGUUCUCCUGGAAGCUAACGACAAGCAGUGUCGCUAUAAGGAAUGCAAUGCAGUCAACCUAAUGGCAGAUGCGUUCUUAAAUUAUUAUACCGACCGGAGUAGCGUCGUCCCUAAAGCUUGGUCCAUCGUCAAUGCAGCGGUCGUAAAUGGUGGUAUUGCGAGAGAUUCCAUUGAACAAAAAUCCAAUGUUACACUCGGUGAUGUACUUGGUGCGAUGCCUUAUGACAGUGACCUUGUUCUCAUGAACAUGACCGGUCGUGACUUAAUGACAAUGUUUGAGUUUGGCGUCACCAACUUUACCUGGUGGCCGGAUCUCAAUGGAAGGUUUUUGCAAGGCUCAGGUAUCCGAGUGGUCUACAACUUCAGUAUGCCAAACGGAUGUCGGAUUGUGUCGUUGCAAGUUCUUUGCGCGAACUGCAGCGUACCUAUGUAUAGUGAAGUUAUGGAGAAUGAGACAUACAGCAUUGUUACCGACAACUUUUAUUGCAAACGGAGGUGACGGUUUUAAAUUUGACAAGUCUGUCAAAUGGAAAACUGAAGGGGUGAGCGCGAUGGACGCAUUGUUAGGCUACAUAAAAAAGACAUCGCCAAUAAAAACACCGCAAGAAGGCCGCGUCAUUACAUUGAACCUGCCACCAAAGCCCGAAAAUACAACAACGAUCUCACCCAUUACAGAGUCGGCAUCAGCUGCUCAGGGCAGGGACAUUUCAGAAAACUACGUGAUGAUCUCAAAGCGAGUGGAGGUCGAUGAGGAGAACUAUAUUUGGUAGCAAGAAGCAAUAUUUCUGAACAUGCUGCCAGAAUAAAAAAAAAAGAACCAUGUCCAUGAAUCUUUUUCGGUUUUGCA